AGUGAAGGCCUCGCAUGCGCGUCCUUCUCCUCCUCCUCCUCGUUGCUCGCGAGGCCUCCGCCUUCGCUCCGACCCCACUCACAUUCACCUCCUCUGCAUCAACUAGGCUCUCUCUCCGUCAGCCAGCCUUGUCCGCGAGCCCCUCCCUGCUCGCAAGGAGUAAAAGAUGCGUGAUCCUCCCAAAGAUGUCGGCUGACAACGACCUCGCCAUGUUCUCCGGAUUGGAGCAGCUCAAGUUUGACGAUGAGGGGACCGAUCGGGAGAACCUUUCUGUGGAAGGCUUGAAGGCGACCAAGGUGACCGACAGUGAGCCGGCAUUUGCGAUUUUCGGGAACGACAUGUCCAGUGGGGUUCAGAAGGUCGGUGUUCGUGUGCUGAAGAGAAAGUUCAGCAUGUUCGUUGGGAUUUUGUCUCAACCUCGUUCACCCUCCAAGCCUUGCUGGGCAGACACUUUGCGCACUCCCGCCGUGAUGUUGGGCAAGGGCGGCAGCGUCUACCGAACAGGAAGGGUGGGAACCAAGCUGAGUGAAUACCUCGGCCCUGAAAUCAAGUCCCAGUUGGGAAAUGCCUAUCCUCCUAAGUUUCAAGAGGGCGACGUCAUCCACAUGGAGCUUGAUAGGGACAAUCAGGUGUUCAAGUGCUGGGUUAACAACGGAAAGCCUUUCGUGGUGAAUGGAGUGGCAAAGAACUCCAAGUUCUUUGUCAACAUGGAGGGUAAGGAAUCAGCUGUUGAACUGGUCAAGCUGGAUUAAGGCAGAUUCCGACCAUAUGCUCGAAAUUGCAUGUUUUAACAGGAUACAUUACAUUAUGGCAAAAAUGAAAUCGACUUUCAAGUAA